AUUCACACAAAAUAAAUCUAUAAUCAUAUAACUAUAUAUAUAUACUCGAGAUAUUCAAGGGUAAUUAGGUCAUUGCCCAAAGUGCUUUGAUACCGCCAAAAUUAAUUUAUUCCCUUUCAAAAUGUUCGUCAUUGCCGCACUGAGCCUUUUCCCCGCUACUUUCGAUCUCCAUUGGCUAGUUUUACUCCGAUCAUCGAACCACAUAAAACUCACUACCACCAGAGAAGGCACCCUGACGGCGACGAUCAUAGACUCUCCGGAUUCUGUUUCUGCGGUAGGCGCAGCAGUAAUGUUGCGAGUCUCCGAUUUUUGGCUCCGUCUGGCAAUCGGAAUGUGGAGCCCUCAUCGCGGACUGCAACGUUCUGGAUAGUCCAUGGCCGCAGUUCCAGACGAACAUGUUGGCAAUGGAGCAAAUUUUAUCUGAACUGAAUGGUGAGGAGUUAAAUGAGCAGGGUUUGCCUCCAGGGUUCAGGUUCCAUCCAACUGAUGAGGAACUUAUCACAUUUUACUUGGCUUCAAAGGUGUUCAAAGGCAGCUUCUGCGGAGUGGAGAUUGCUGAGGUAGACCUCAAUCGAUGUGAGCCAUGGGAGCUUCCAGAUGUUGCCAAGAUGGGAGAAAGAGAAUGGUACUUCUACAGUUUACGGGACAGGAAAUACCCAACAGGGUUAAGAACAAAUAGGGCAACCGGAGCUGGUUACUGGAAAGCCACCGGAAAAGACAGGGAGGUUUACAGUGCAUCAAAUGGAUCCCUACUUGGGAUGAAGAAGACGCUUGUGUUCUACAAAGGCAGAGCUCCGCGUGGGGAGAAAACCAAGUGGGUGAUGCAUGAGUACCGCUUAGACGGCGAUUUCUCUUACCGCCAUGCCUGCAAGGAAGAAUGGGUUAUUUGCAGAAUAUUUCACAAGAACGGGGAGAAGAAAAAUCCACUGUUCCAGUGUCAGACUUAUCUUCUGGAGUCUGCAUUAUCAUCGUCCACCACCUCCAACUCAUUGCCUCCGUUGCUAGAGACGACCGCAACAACAACAACAACACUAGUAGAGUGUCAAUCUCAAUCUCAAGCCGCAAUGCAAUUGCAGGCUUUCCAAAACCCUUUUCAGAUUCAGCAGCCUCCCGAAAACGACCUGAAGAAGUUCAUUAGCUCAGUUGUGUCCCAAUCCAAUCUCAUUUCCUCGAGCGAGCAGCCUCACAAAUCCCCCAUCUCAAUCAACAACCCCAUUGCGAAUGCCAACAACAUGAUGUUGUAUGCUCCAUCGCCAUCCAUUCUCUUCAAGUCUCUCCUCUCACAUCAAGAUUCCACAGUACUACUAAAGCAGCAGCAGCAACAGUGUGAUCGUGAUCAUGUCUUUAAACAGUUCAACAAAGCAGCGGAGUCCAGCUUUACAACCCAUAAUUUCGAGCCCCCUGAGGCAGAAGCCAGCAACUCAAACUUCAUGGAUAUCAAGAAGAUCGUGAUGCAGCAGCCAGAUGCCCCUCCUUGUUCUUACCAUCAACAUCCCUUGUUUUUUGAAAUGGAAUGCAAUUCACCACCACCCUUGCCUGCCGACGUGUCUCUUCAUGACAUAUCAACUUCAAUCGCCUUUAACAGGCCUGCCUAUCACACUAUGUUAGAUCCUCAUAUCAACAUCCUCCAUGCCCAUGGAGAAUCUUGGCCUUUAGAUGCUUAAACAUCUUCUUUUGUAUUAUUAUUAUUAUUAUUAUUAUUAUUUUUUUUAACUUUUCGCCUACCUUUUUUUAGUACUCAAGUACGUGGUUGUAAACUAGUAUGUGUCUGUAGCGUAGCGUCCAAUCUAUAUCUGUAAUCUGUA